AUGGAAGCACUGUUAUCCCUCUCGUUCGACAACACGUCUUCCAAGGACAUUAUCAAGAUCCGCAAGGGCUUGCGCCAGAUUGAAGGUCUGCUGGCUCAGAUCUGCAUCCCGCCAUCAUGUUUGCAGCAAAAGCGCCGUCCAUCAUCAACGCGUCUGUCUGGCGACACGCUCCUUCCGCCUAGACAGUUGAGCUCCUUGUGCCAGGACCCCGCAUACAGAGAGUUCUUUCGCCUGCAAGAGGGCUUCGAGUGGAAUGUCGCCUCUCGCCUGAUGGCCUGUCUCGAGACGCUGCUAGGCAUGCCCAAUGGCGUCCUCCUACUCCACCCUCCUUCGCGCGCCCUUUUCCGCCGUGAGAGCUACAUGGACCUUCUCCUCGAUCUCCUCGAUGCCGCAAACCCACCCGUCGUCCAGUCGCAAGUCCUCCUUGUCCUCGUCACCGCUCUCCUCGCAACACCCGAGAGCACUCGCACGUUCGAGAAGAUGGACGGCCUUCUCGCCAUCGCUAGCUUGUUCAAGUCACGCAGCACGUCUAGAGAGGUCAAAUUGAAGGUUGUCGAAUUCCUCUACUUCUAUCUCAUGCCCGAAACUCCUUCUGCCAACUCAUCCUCGGCUGGUCCGCAGAGAAAAUCCAGCAAGCGCCGCAACACAAACGAGAUCGCCGCCUUCUCAAAGACAACCGACGAAAAACAACGUCUGCUCGGCCAGUAUCUGAGCAACGUCAACGAGCUCGUCCAGGACCUCAAGGAGAAUGCUCCCUUUGCUUUCUAG